AGAGAUAACACUUGUAUAACACUACAAUAAUUACACUUAUGCCAUGCUACUUCGAUUCAUUCUAAAGUCGUUCAUAAUUUAUUAGAAACUCACGAUUAGCGGAAGUAAAAGUUAAUACAAAUAUCUUAGUCAAAACUGUACAAGUUAGCUCAUUAAGUAAAAUAUUUCAUCUAAAAUGUUAAAUUGUUUGUCAAGGCAAAUUCGUGCUCUCCCCUUUACAUUCACAGCAUCAUGUCGACUGUCUACCUUACCUACAUUGGAAAAUAUUGAAUCUACUGAAAUCGAAGAACCACCACUGAUAUAUGGUGGAUACACAAAUGUACGCCAAGCGUGGGUAUCUAAUUUGGAUACCACCAAGGAUAAUUCUUCAGCCAUCAUUGAUUUACAUCCUCAAGUAUUUGGAUCAAGACCGAGAAUUGAUAUUAUACAUGAAAAUGUUGUUUGGCAAAGAAAGUAUAGAUAUGUUAGUUAUGCAAAUACCAAAGUUACUGCUGAGGUCUGUAUGAGUGGGAAAAAACCUUGGCCACAAAAGGGACAAGGACGUGCGCGACAUGGUACUAGACGUUCUCCAUUAUUUAAAGGUGGUUCUGUUAUACACGGACCUCGGUCUCACAAAACUCAUUUUUAUAUGCUUCCGUUCUACAAAAGAGUUUAUGGACUUACUUCAACAUUAUCUGUCAAGCUCAUUCAGGAUGAUUUGCACAUAGUAAAAAACUUGGAUUUACCUUCAGAUGAUCCAGAAUACAUUAAAAAUUUAGUUGAUUCAAGGUUAUGGGGACCUUCAGUGCUAUUUAUUGAUGAUACUGAUACCAUGCCAAGAAACAUCAGUUUAGCAUUAAACGAAAUCAAACACAUGAAUCUGAUGCCUGUUUAUGGUUUGAAUGUGUACAGUAUGCUUAAGUAUGAAACUCUUGUUUUGACCGUUGCAGCAGUGAAAAAAAUUCAAGAACGACUACUUUACCAACUACAUAGGCCUGAUUGCAAUUAUGCAAACAGAAAGUUCCAAUUGAACCAACAGAAUUAAUAUUUAAAUUAUAUUUUUAAAUAAUAAAUUAUAUAAUAAAUAGUUCUUUUUUAACUUUA